AUGGGUUUCUUCUCAAGCACAAAACCUUCGGCAGUCCAAUCGCCAACACCAUCGAGUGACGGCGGCUUCAUCGCUCCCGAUCGAGAUGCCCGCGCAGCUUGCUGGGAAGGUCGGGAUGCUUUCUUUCGAUGUCUCGACAGCCAUGGAAUCAUCGACAGCGUCAAGGAAGACGCCAAGAGUCGGAAGGCGUGUGGUGAGGAACUAAGAACAUUCGAGAGGGAUUGUGCGGGUAGUUGGGUCACAUAUUUCAAGAAGCGCCGUGUUAUGGAACACCAGCGCGAUGCGACAAUGAAGAAGCUCGCAGCUGAGGGAGCCAUCAAUGUAGACCAGAAGUAA